AGUUAUGCUAGGUGCACAUCCCUGGUGUGGUUCCUAGCUUCAGGUUUGUGCCUGUGCUGAGCCUGAUCAGUGUAUCAGUUUGUAAUAUAAGAGGUAUCAUCUCUUUGGCUUGGGCAUUAAAAUGCGUGGGAUAGAGGUUAUGCAGGCUUAGAAGUGCUUUGGCUUAUGCUUUCUUGUUUUUGCAUGUCUCCAUAAAUGUGAGUGGUAUUUGAGGAGGCACAAAUCUCUCUCUCCUUAGACUGUGCAUUUGGAAAGAUAAGAGUAUUUUGUGUCAAAUGCAGCCCUGCCAAGCCCUUGCAAGAACAUUAAAAUACAAGUAAUGGCUAAAUUACCCGAAAUUGCUUUACGUUCCUCUGGUCCAAGUCUGUUGUAUUUAUUCUUUCUCAAAGGAUUGAAUAUAUACCAGAUAGUUCUUAUUAAAUAAUACCAUGUUAUAAAUCAACCCUGAUACAUUAUAUUCUGGCCCAGAGAGCUCUGUUGCUGCUGAAGUAUCUGACACAUCUCAGGAACAAGAGGAACAGGAUCAGAAAGCUAAACUUGCAUCCUCUGAAACCAACAGGUUCAGGGUGGUGUAAUGGGAACAAAGCAGCACAGGAUGGGGGCAGACCUCGGUCUCAGGAAGGAGGAGAGGGUUUUUCACUUCACUAAACAGAAUGGAAACUAAUGAGCUGCACAACAUGGGAGUUAGGGGAAAAGGAAUUGCAUUCCUCUUGACAAGCUGUUUUGUUCUUGGGCAGAGAGGCUGAGGGAGUGCUGCUGAAGUUAGUCCUGGAGCUGGGCAGGGGAGUGCUGGGUGGCUCCCAGCUGGGAUACCCCACUGCUGUGCCGGCUGUGCUUCUCAAACCAGCUGGUAGAAGCACACAGAUGGGCAAAGUAGACAUACCUGUGUGUGCAUGUCUGACUGACAGUCAUCAGUGAAACCAUCCACGAAAUAUUCUGUCACAAAUGGAACUAUAAUAUGUCAUACUGUUAAAAAUACUGGGAGAUGUUCAGGAUGAGAAGUCAUUUUUGUACCCCUCUUUGACAUUCACUCCUGUUUGGAAACGGUGUCAGAUGUGCUGAAAUGAGUAUGUGUGCCAGAAGCCUGAGGCAGGAGGGAGCUGGGCAGCGUUUUUCUGCAGCCCCUCCUUGUGACCAAGGCUGCAGCCAGGGGUGGGCUGUUUGGCCAUCCUGCCUGCCUGCCUGGUGCAUGUCUGCCUCCUACUGCGGGCACCCUGGGGCCUUCAGCUGGCAGACAGCUGCUUGAGGCCAGCUGCUGGCCUGCUCCUACUGGCUGAGCAGCACAGGAAGGUUCAUGGUGUUCUUCAGACCUGAAACGUAACCCUACCUGCCACAGAAGGGUGGGAGACAGAGGAGACUGUUAUGGCCAAGAUGCAGGGAGAAAGAAUGUGCCAUUCAAGCUUGAAGAAUGCAACAUGCAUGACACAAGGCUUGCAUUUGUGUGCUGCUGUGUUUCCAAGCGCCAGGGUUGGGACAGGCUUCCCAGGUCUUUUCUCAACAGGGAGAGGAGCCCUGUAUAGUUAAACUAUCUGUGAACUGGAAUCUUACAAUUUAGCAUUUUUAUUUGGGAGUGUGGUUUCCUUUGGUUUCUGCUUUCAUUUUCCAAAUUUCCCAAGCCUGGAGAGAUGGGAUGUACCAGUAGUGCCAGGCAGAGAGACAGCCCCACCAGAAUCACUGUCAGAAGGUGUCCGACAAGCUCUGCAGCAGUUUCACUCUUGUACUACAUACCUCGAUAGUGAGGAGGACUUCUUACACUGGCAUAUGCUUUAAGGAUGAGCCGUAAAGCAGCCCUCCCAUCAGGGCUAUCUUCACCCAGGUGUGAGGCUGUAUAUACUGCAUUGUCUGCUGUUAGAACUAAUUCACAUCCAUAGUCCUAAUUCACGCCUUUUUUGUUGCGGUCCACCAGACACGUCUUGCAUCUUGGCAGGAGGUAAUGAAUACUCUGUGUUGUUACCUCUUUGGAAGUAUUGGACAACCAUGUCAGAGUGUACCUGGGCUGUUUGAUGGAGCUGGUCUGCAACAGUACAAGACUUAAGAAGGUCUUUGUAGUGGAACUAUCAAAUAAAGCAUUUAAAUUUAACAGUUUUUAAUAUCUAAGCUUCCUAGGAGACUCUUCACUGUUGACUGCCCUUCAAUAAAUAUGCUGCAGUUAUAUUUGCUCUUUCAUCAAAAAUAUUGAUUUAAUUAAAGUGUUAUUUAUUGUUUCUUCUUUUUUAACUGUAAAAAUAGGAGAAAAUCUCUGUUAUGGUGCUAGCUGAAACAAGUGCUGUUUUCCGUGUGGUACAGGUUACUAAUGCUGCUGAUGUUAAUUUACAAAUAACAAAGAUAAACUUGUACAGAAGUGAGACAGGUAGCUUGGCUUCUCAUAAAUGUUUUUUCUUGAAGCAGAGAAGAGUGGUUUCACCAGUCUAAUUUGUUGCUGUCUGGAUUAUCUACACAGUAAAAGAGAACAUUUCCCAUAUUGGUUUAUUGGGUUGCCUGGUAUUCUGCAGCAGCAAAUUAUCAACGGUCAGAAUGGGAUAUUCUUAUUCUCUUGUGUUAAACUCUACCCCAAACCUCUUCCCACGUACCAGAGCAACUGUCAGUUUCGUAAGGAAUGUAAGCUCCUACAUUUUCAUGGAAGAUACCUUAUUUGUUUUGAAGAGUUACUGUUCAAAAUCAGUGUUUGACUCUUUCAGAACUUGCCCGGGAUGGUUGGCUCAGUCCAGCCAUAAUUGUAAGAAUGACAUGUCCUGGGGACAUGCUCUGCAGAAAGGACGCAAUUGAGAUGAGGCUCUCAGGCAAAUGGCUAUUUAAAACAAGCAAAAAUCCAUAUUAUUGAAUAAGUGAUUUGUACCAUGAAAUGUUCACUAGAAAAUCAGCACCUCAUCCUGGUAUAAAACAGGGUAGGUUACAGUAAAAGGAAUGUUUGAAGGAACUGAUAUACAGAAUGGUCUGGAAGCACUGAAUAAUUCAUUUAUUAAUAUUGUUGAUUGAAAUAUGUAAAAGCAACUUGCUGCUUUGAAAGUAAUGUCAGGUGAAUAUAACCUAGAGAAGCAAACUUGAAUGUAGGGAAGAAAGUUUCUCUUUCAUUUCUGAGUGAAUCAUUCAGCAUUUUAAAAAGAAGUGGACUGAGCCACAGUUAAUAAAGCUCCCUUUUUGAUAUUAGCAUCAAAUGUAUCCUUGGUGAGAUGGACUUCCCUUGGCUCUAAGGUAGAGAGCAUGACGUGUUUUAGGACUAUUUUGUGAAUUCAGGAACUGUUGCUUGGAAAAAAGAGAACUGUAGCUACCUUGUUUUAGUUUAAAGAGCAGUCCAGGUGUAUUCCUCUGUGAAGUGAGAUGAGAUUUUUAUGGCUUUGAAAUGACAAUAGAAGGUAUGAAGUACUGGUUCUGAAUUGUGAUUUAUUUUUUUUUAAUUUCUAUUUUUUUGGAACACCAGUUUUGGCUUUGCUAGAGCAUUGGCUGUUUUUCUCGUUUCCUGAUUCAGAACUGCAUCUAAAAAUAUGUCAUUUCCUAAUAUUGAUUUCCUUUAAGCAGCAGUAAUAGCGUGUGUGAGGAUGUUAUGUCUGCAUUGGGAAGGGAAAAGUUGCCCAGGGUUACGCAUAGCAGCGAGGCACUCACGGGACGCUCCCUGUCUGAACGUGCUCUGCAGCAUAAAAACAGGCUAAGGCCUCUCCAGGGUCACAUGUGUGGAUUUCGCUGUCAGCUGUUGAGUUCAUAGGUUGCUGUUCAGCUGUGUUCUUCACAUUUGUUUUUCCCUUUCAGAGAUCUUUGGGGAUCCUGGAGAUGCAAGGAACAGCAAAUAGGAACCAUCAGCAUUUUGUUCAGUGAAACCAGCAACUUACGCUGAUGGUGUCCAUAGGAAUGGCAGAAUUUCUGACAGCAGUUCCUUUUUAGUGAAGAUGGCCAAGGAGAUUUUUCAAAUGGAGAUUGCUGGUUGGAGCUCCUCGGGAAAAGGCCUUUCCAUCCCAACAAGCCAACAGAACAGGCGGGCUGUACAGCUGUGACAUCACAUCUUCAGACACGCGCUGCACACGUGUUGUGUUUGAUGAAGACACUGACCCAAAGAUGGAGAGCAAAGAAGACCAGUGGAUGGGUGUAACUGUCCAAAGUCAGGGGCCAGGAGGAAACGUGGUGACAUGUGCACAUCGCUAUGAGAAAAGGCAAUAUGUAAACACAGUGCAAGAAACCCGGGAUAUCAUUGGAAGGUGCUACGUGCUGAGCCAGGAUCUCACUAUUAAGGAUGAUAUGGAUAAUGGAGUAUGGAGUUUUUGUGAUGGUCGCUUAAGAGGCCAUGAGAAGUUUGGUUCCUGUCAGCAAGGUGUUGCUGCUACUUUUACUAGAGACUAUCAUUACAUUGUGUUUGGCGCCCCAGGCACUUACAAUUGGAAAGGGGUGGUUCGUGCAGAGCAAAAGAAUCAGACAUUUUAUGAUCUGGGUAUCUUUGAUGAUGGGCCUUAUGAAGUUGGUGAUGAGAGCCGCCAAGAUAAGAAUCUAGUUCCUGUUCCAGCUAACAGUUAUUUAGGUUUCUCUUUGGACUCUGGUAAAGGAAUUGUCUCCCAAGAUGAGAUGACUUUUGUGUCUGGUGCACCAAGAGCCAACCAUAGUGGGGCAGUUGUUUUACUGAAGAAAGAGAAAAAUCAGAGAGCGCUUACACUGGAGCACAUGUUUGAAGGAGAAGGGCUGGCCUCUUCUUUUGGUUAUGAUGUGGCUGUUGUGGAUCUCAACAGUGAUGGAUGGCAAGACAUUGUUGUUGGAGCCCCACAGUACUUUGAUAGAAGUGGAGACAUUGGUGGUGCUGUGUACAUCUACAUUAACCAACGAGGCAAAUGGGAAGGAAUAAAACCUGUUCGCUUAAAUGGGACCACUGACUCGAUGUUUGGUCUUGCAGUUGAAAAUGUUGGGGACAUUAAUCAGGACGGAUAUCCAGAUAUCGCAGUAGGGGCUCCAUAUGAUGGUUUUGGCAAAGUAUAUAUUUAUCAUGGAUCCAAGAAUGGAAUAAAUACAAAACCAGCACAGAUUCUUGAUGGUGAAAAAACAGGCACCAAUUUCUUUGGUUACUCUAUUGCUGGAAACAUGGACCUGGAUAAAAAUUCCUACCCUGAUAUUGCUGUUGGUUCCCUUUCAGAUUCUGUAUCUGUGUUCAGAUCUCGACCUGUCAUAAGCAUUACAAAAAGCAUUACAGUACAGCCUGACAAACUUGACCUAAAGAAAAAGAACUCUGAAGAUCCCAGUGAAAUAUGGAUGGAUGUGAAAGCAUGUUUUCAGUAUACUGCAAACCCUCGUAAUUUAAACCCAAGAAUAAAGAUCAACUAUACUUUUGAAGCAGAAAAUGAGAGGAGACAAUUAGGCCUGCCAUCUAGGGUACGGUUUAAGGACUAUCUAUCUGAUCAGUUCACUGCAAGUACCACCCUAGUGGGGCAGAACUCCAAACAGUGUGUGACAGCCAAGCUUGUUCUGCAGGAAAAAAUUAAAGAUAAGCUGCGCCCAAUUCCUAUAGCAGUCAGUGUUAAUAUUGCUGGCCUGGAGUCUGGCUCAUCAUCCACCAGAAAAGAGAGAGCGCUUCCGGACCUUAUACCAAUACUAAAUUCAAAUGAAUCUGAAACAAAGAUCACAAAAGUGGAGUUCUUGAAAGAAGGAUGUGGAGAAGACAAUGAAUGUCACAGCAAUCUGAAACUUCAGUACCGGUUUUGCACUAGAGAAGGAAAUGAAGACAGAUUUACCUAUUUACCAAUUGAAAAUGGCAUUCCAGUGCUCGUUUUAAAAGAUCAGAAAGAUAUUGCCCUGGAAAUAACAGUGACAAAUAAUCCAUCUGAUGCAAGAAAUCCACAGAAAGAUGGAGAAGAUGCAUACGAAGCUAAACUAAUUGCAACUUUUCCAGAUAGUCUGACUUAUUCUGCAUUCAGGGAGAUGAGAGGAUAUCCUGAAAAACAGCUCACGUGUGGUGCUAACCAAAACGGCUCUCAAGCAGAGUGUGAACUUGGAAAUCCGUUCAAGAGAAAUUCCAAUGUAACCUUUUAUCUGAUCUUAAGUACUACUAAAGUGAAUGUUGAUACAACAGACUUGGACAUUAACCUCAAGCUGGAGACAACAAGCACUCAAGUAAAUUCAACUACAAUUACAGCCAGUGCUAAAGUGGUUCUUGAAUUGCUUUUGUCGCUCACUGGAGUGGCUAAGCCUUCUCAGGUAUAUUUUGGAGGUAACAUCGUUGGUGAGAGUGCUAUGAAAUCUGAAGAUAAUAUUGGAAACCUCAUAGAGUAUGAAUUCAGAGUAACCAACUUGGGCAGGCCACUGAAAACAUUUGGUACAGCUUCCCUGGAUAUCCAGUGGCCAAAAGAAAUUAGUAAUGGUAAAUGGCUGCUGUAUUUGAUGAAAAUAGAUUCCAAGGGCUUGGAAAAGAUUUCCUGUCAACCACAGAAUGAAAUCAAUUUUUUGCAUGUUGCGGAAUCCCAUAACUCAAGAAGAAAGCGUGAGAUUGCAGAGAAACAGAUUACAGACAGCAAGACAUUUUCUUUGUUUUCAGAAAGAAAAUAUAAGACCUUGGACUGCAAGGUGAAUGCACGGUGUGUGGACAUAAAAUGUCCUCUGAAAGGCUUUGACAGCAAGGCAUCGAUUUUGUUGCGUUCCAGACUGUGGAACAGUACUUUCUUGGAAGAAUACUCCAAAAUGAACUACCUGGAUAUUCUUGUUAGAGCCUCAAUCAGUGUUCCUGCUGCAGCUAAGAAUGUCAAACUUACAAAUGAAGCUGCUCAGGUGCGUGUUACAGUCUUUCCUGCAAAACCAGUAGCCCUUUAUACAGGAGUGCCUUGGUGGAUCAUCGCAGUGGCUAUUUUUGCUGGAGUACUCAUGCUUGCGCUCCUAGUAUUCUUGUUAUGGAAGUGUGGGUUCUUCCAGCGAUCCAGGUACGAUGACAGUGUCCCCCGCUAUCAUGCUGUAAGAAUUCGAAAAGAAGAACGAGAGAUCAAAGACGGGAAAUGCAAGGAUCUUGAGACAAAACAGUGGUUCACAAAAUGGAAUGAGAAUGAAAGUUAUUCUUAGGAAAAAGUUGUUUCCCUCCUCAAAGUUCAGAUAGAGCAUAAUGCUUUCGUUAAUGGUAAACUCGUGGACUUAGACCUAUGAACACUAUGGACAUUUUCGCUGUUUGUAUGUAGAUAUUACUACUUAUACUGCGCCUUCUGUUUGCACAGUUAAAAUUGCUUUGUGAGUCCUUAUUGGCACUAUUUAAUUUCCACUCUGCCUCUUUUUCCCCCCUUCAAAUCUAACUCAGGGUUUAGAAGACACUGUGUUGAUUUGGGCUCUCUUCUGCAGAACAUGCAAACCCACUCUGGUAGGCUUUUUCCUGUGCUCCUGAUGUUCCUGGGAAUGCCAGCAAUGCAUGAUUGAGAUCAGCAUAAAUUCUCCAGCCUUCCCUUAAAGCGUGGUCCCUUACAAACACACUGGCCUUAACAUAUGUAGCUCAAGUAUCGUCCGAAGACCUGCAAAUCUAUUUUAGUCAUAAGCUUUGCUGCCACAAUAGCUAGGGCUUACAAAAAGCAUCAUCUUCAGUUGUAUGCAGAAUAGGUCACGUUGCUCAAUUUUUAAAAUCAGAUUAUGUAAAUCUUGCUCACAACAAAUAUACACAGGUUGUUUUUUUGUUAGUUUUUUAAAAAAGAGGCUUGAAUAUUAGAUGUACUUUUUGUAUAUAUAUAUAUUUUAGUCAUUUUUGUAUUUAUUUUUGUUAUCAGUUGUUGUCUUUGACUAACUGAUAGGCCAAAGACUUACCUGAACCUUGAAACCACUGUGCUUAUGAACUUCAGAAGAUGAGACCUGAGGCUUUCAUUGUAUUUUAAUAAAUCACUGAAGGUGCCAAUACUUUCUAAAAAUGUAAAUAUUUAUUCCAGUGAUGUAUGUGGGAUUUUUUUUUCCAUGAUAUUUGUAACUUGAUCUGAUAGGAACUACCAGGUUUUGUCAUAUGACUUUGUACAUUACUUCAGACUAUUAAGCAGUUCAGACACCAAGCAUAGGUAGGGAUUUUAAGAUACAGUUUUAUGCUUUACUACAAGUGAGAAGUUCUCUGGAAACAGCUUUCCAGCUUCAUAAGGACUUCCUGUCUGGCAAAAGGUGUUGACUACUACAACUGUUACAAAGCACUUGACGAGGCUGUAUAUGCCUAUCUUAGCUACAAGGAUCUGAGCUGAUCCACUUUGAGACUACUGAACCCUCUUGAAUACCCGAGCGUUCUUAAGACAACAGCCACAAUGUUGUGCUUAUCAGCAGUCUAAUCAUUGAUAAAACUGUAUAAAGAGUUUACCCUUUUUCUUUUAUUCUUCUUCUAAAGCACUGGUACUCCUUAAGAAUGAAGAUUAGUUUGCAGUUGCUUAUUCCAUAUAGAACGAAAUUCUGCUCAAGAAGCAUGCAUGUUAGUUGUUAGCAGUUUAAACUAUGCAAAAACCUCUUGGUACUUUUUCCUCUCAGAGGUGAAAACCUGCAAUGAGGGCAGUUGUCAGGUGAUUGAUUUCUGCUACUAACUUUUAAGAUACCUUUUUAGAAGCUAUGCUCACCUAAAAUGCUAUUCUUACAGAAAGGGCAGUAAUUUAGUAGGCUCUUCUUCCUCCCACUAAGUAAUAUCAGCACGUGACCCUGAUUUUAUGAAUCCUGACAAAUGCAUUUAGCUGCUACUCAGUUUUUGAGCUUUCUUAAAAACAGCUUAUUCACUGCAAGGCUCAGCAGCAUAAGAAGCCAGGCUAACGAGGUGCUAAGAUGCUUGACAACCAGCUACUCCCAGCCUCUGAUUUAAAAGCAGAUUGUGGCCCUCUCCUGUCAAGACCAUGAAUGUCUUUGCAGUGCUAAACUGAAAAUUGUUUUCAAUAAGUCACAUCACUGGCAAACUUUUAUUUCAAACUUUUUUUUAAAUACCAGCUAACAAUGCUACAUCAUUCCAUUAUUAGAAAUUACCUGUGGAUAUUUGUAUAGAAGUGUGAAAUAAAUUUUUUAAAAUUAAA